AUAUUUAAAUCAAUGGAUUGUACUUAUUUCAGGGAUGAAAGAGCAAAGUACUUAAUUAAUUGGACUCAUGUGAUAUCGUACGUGAUGGAGAUAUCUAUAUCGAUGGAUUGUACUUAUUUCAGGGGUGAAAGAGCAAAGUACUUAAUUAAUUGGACUCAUAAUGAUUAUAUCAUAAUACGUAGUCGUUAGAUAAGUACUAAACUUUUGUUGGGAACGUCGAAGAUGGCGAUUAUUAAAAACACUGUGUUAUGUAUGGUUGCUCUACUGGCACUCCAGUGCACAACAGGGUGUUUUGCCAUGGACAGCCUUCGCUUUCUGGUGAUUGGUGAUAUGGGAGGUCAACCAGUCUUCCCCUACACCACGCCAGUCGAGGUUGGUACCGCGCAUGAGAUGGGAAAGAUCGCAAGCCGGUACAAUCCACAGUUUAUUCUGGAACUCGGAGACAACUUUUACUAUGACGGUGUAACGAACGUUGACAAUGCAAGAUUUUUUGAGACAUUUGAAAGAGUGUACACUGCUCCAUCUCUGCAGGUUCCUUGGUACCUCAUUGCUGGUAACCAUGACCACCGAGGCAACGUCUCAGCACAAAUUGCAUAUUCACAACACUCUACAAGGUGGAAUUUCCCAUACUUCUUUUAUCCGUUGAGUUUCAAGAUUCCCAACAGCGACAGCACGGUGGACCUCAUCAUGAUGGACACAGUGAUGCUGUGUGGCAACGUGGCCCACGACUUUGGUGGGUUUCAGCCACAAGGACCUGCUGAUAAGAAGCUGGCCGAUGUACAGUGGCAGUGGGUGGAGAAAAUGCUGUCAACAAGCAAGGCUGAUUUCCUGCUGACCACUGGUCACUUCCCAGUUUACUCUGUGGCCGAGCACGGUCCGACGAAAUGUCUGGUGGACACACUGCUGCCCAUGCUGUACAAAUACAGGGCGAAUGGUCACAUGUCUGGUCAUGACCACAACCUCCAGCAUUUGCAGACAUCCAAGAAUGGAAUCACUCUUGAUUACACUGUAUCUGGGUCAGCUAACUUCAUUGACAAAAGUUUAGCACAUCAGAGAUCUGUACCGACAGGGAGUUCAAAAUUUCACUGGGCUGACACAAGUAGUCUCGGAGGUUUUCUCUACAUUGAGGCGACACCAAACAAUAUGACGUACACCUACUUGGAUGCCAGUGGCAAAAUUCUGUACCAAACAGUCAGCCAUCCGAGAAAAUCUAAGAUUGACUUUUAAUAUUUUGGUCUUGAUAAAAUAUGAACUGAUGUCCAAGUUAAUUUUAUGUCACUAUAAUACAGUAUCGUAUAUAAAUUUGUGCAAUAUUUUUUAUAGAAAAUAUUUAUUAAGAUAACUCUCUUAAAACAAUGUAAUAUUUUAUGUUAAUAUGGUUACUAUAAUAAGUUUUAAUCAAAGCAUAUAGUUUUGAUUUGUCAAUCAGGGUGUAAUUUUUAAUAAAAUAUUUUAGUCUUU